GCCCUACGUCACCGCUGUGGCUCCGCCCCUCACGUCCCUGCGCUGUGUAGCGGCCCGACGAGAACUGAUUUCCUUUCUCUAGCCUGUCCUCGAAACUUUACACUUUGAGUUACACGAGACGCUUUUGACGCCCGCGAUGGCUUCCGCGACUUCCGACACGUCCGAACAAGACUCCCCGAACCCUAGUGAGGAGCAAAACAGCACGGCUAACCCCGAGGGCCUGCGCGCUCCGGAUCAGGAACCGGCUGAGAGCGAGUGUGUUAAGAUGGACGAGAAUGGCGAGCUCGAGGAGGAGAAGCGCACGGCUUCCGACGAGUCCGAGGAAACCCCAUCCAACGACGAAGGACUGAACAGAGACGGUCAGGAGGAGAAGGAAAUGGACACGGAGACGGACAUGCUGGGGCAGAAACGUGUCGGUAACGCGGAGGGCUCGGCAGACGUGACGGCGGAGCUGGGGCAAGAACAAAGGGAGGAGGAGAACGUGUCCUCGCCGCUCCACUGCGCCGUGAGGAAGGGUGAAGACAAAACGGGCACCGAACUCAAGCGCAGGGCCAGCGUGGAGAUCUCCUCAUCCGACGGAGAGCCGCUCAGUCGCAUCGACUCCGAGGACAGUAUCAGCAGCACCCUUAUGGACAUGGAGAGCACUGCGUCCAGUGGACGCUCCACACCAGCGAUGAUGAAUGGCCAUGGAGGAGCAGCUUCAGCAUCUACCAAAGGUUCAUCAUAUCCCUGCUGUUGGGAUCAGUGCCCUCUGCUCUUCACCAGCAGCCCGGACCUGGCCGAACACAUACGCUCAGUCCACGUUGAUGGUCAGCGUGGAGGGGUGUUUGUGUGUCUGUGGAAGGGCUGUAAAGUGUACAACACACCGUCCACUAGCCAGAGCUGGCUCCAGAGACACAUGCUUUCCCACAGUGGUGAUAAACCUUUCAAGUGUGUAGUGGGUGGUUGCAAUGCCACCUUUGCCUCUCAGGGAGGACUAGCGCGUCACGUACCCACCCACUUCAGCUCACAGAAUUCAUCCAAGCUGUCCAGCCAAGCCAAGCUUAAAGAAGAGUCGCCUUCCAAAGCAGGCAUCAGCAAACGCAGAAAGCUGAAGAACAAAUGCAGGAGGUCAUUGCCUCGGCCACAUGACUUCUUUGACGCACAAACGAUGGAUGCCAUCCGUCACCGUGCCAUCUGUCUCAAUCUGGCAACCCACAUUGAGAGCCAGGGCAAGGGCCACAGUGUGGUGUUUCACAGCACGGUCAUUGCGAGACGGAAGGAGGAUUCAGGGAAGGUGAAGGUGCUGCUCCACUGGACUCCAGAGGACAUACUGCCAGACUCAUGGGUGAGCGAGAGUGACCGACCACUAAUGAAGACCAAAGUGGUACAUCUCUCACAGCUGCCUCAGGAUACAGCCGUGCUACUGGACCCGAAUAUCUACAGGAUGUUUUUCUAAGAGAUGGGGAGGAUCAUUGCCUGCUGAUGUUUCCAAGCUCAAAUGGACUUGUGGCUCUGUAGAGGCAGGAGUUCAAAUUCUUAUUACCUUUUUUUUUUUGUUUUGUUUUAAUGCCCAAAAUUUUAAACGUGUUUUCAAUCUAUGAAGAGGAAGAAAUUGCACAAUAUCGAACUCUGAAUGGUGCUAGACUUUGAAAUGCUUCAUUUUAUUUCUUAAUACCACUAUAAAGUUAAAAUUGAAUUGCCCUCCCUUUUUGUCCACAGCUUUUCCUCACUAGCUUUAUAGAAAUCCUAUAGAUGUAUUUGUUGAGAAAGUGCCCAUGUAAAUAUGCCUGGAGAUUUGUAAUAUAUUUUUGUACUUGAAGAAUUUUACUGUACUGUAGAUACCUGUAAUAUUCCACAAACGUCAGGAAAUAUUACUGCACAGAGAGAUAGAACGGGAUAGUUAUUUAGCUUGGAACUAUGUGAAUGUUCCAACACGUUUUUAGUCAAAGACUAGAUGUAGUGACCCCUUUUUUCACUGCGAUGUUUGUCGAGUACUGCUACAGUGUGCUUUUAUAAUAGAUGAGAAUGAUGUUAAUGUUAACGUGUGCGCUCUUUGAUAGUGACCUUACUCUAGUUAUAUAUGAGCCAAGGACCCUAAAGACAUCUCAAAGAAAUGGUGCUACAGUAAACACUAGCAUUUUAGACUUGUAUAGAAAAGUUUUUUUGAUCGAGAAUGGUUGUGCUCUGUAGUAUGUGGAGUAACUCAAGCCAAUGUACUGCUGGAUCCUAACUCUGUCUUUGUAGUAAAAACAGAAAACAAUGCAA